AUGUUCGCUUUUACCGUCAUUCAACGCGUGCUCCCUUUUCCACUUCGAUGGAAACGAAGAUUGUCCAACUCUAAGACAAACGAGAAGGAGAUCAAGUUCUUCGACGAUAAUAGCGACCAUACUGACAUGGAUUCCGAUGGUUGUGAUAUUCAAAGCAGCAGCUCUGACCUGCAAUGUGACGUCUCUAACACCGUGCAUCUAGCGGUGAAAUCGGGACUCGGCACGAACACGGGCCUCUUUCCAGACAUAGACAAUUUCCAGGACAUUGAGACAGAUAUCAACUCAAUCUCGGACGAAGAAAGUGAUUUGGAGGAUAAAUCACAAUCGUUGCCACCUUGCAUCAAUAUCGAUCCGUCAGCUCGGUCCCGGGUUAUUCGCACCGUCUGCUGGCAAAUAUCGUCCGAAACCAGUACCGGUGGACACAGGAGCAAGAGCAGCAGCUGA